GCUGAUAUAACUUGGUGUGUACACACUUUAACAUACCUAACAACCUGCAAGAUUAUACAAACAAGUGAUGAAAUAAAUAAAAUCCUUAAGGAGCAGCUCUUAACUAACUGAAAUUAAAAACGAAAGAUGUUGCGCAGCCUUAUUGGCCUUCGAGGGACAUGCCAUCAGCUGUUCAGGACUUCCCUGCGACAUCAAAAAACCUCGCAAAAGUCACAACAGUUUUGGCGGAUGAAAUCGACGGAUUCUCCGCAGGAAGCUGCCCGGAAAUUGCGAGCGAAAUCCACAUUAUACUACAUAACAGCGGGUGGAGUGCUAAUAGUGGGAUUGAGCUAUGCAGCUGUGCCACUAUAUAGCAUCUUUUGUCAGGCUUAUAGCUACGGAGGAACCACUUCGCAAGGACAUGAUGCGGAGAAGGUGGAGCACAUGAAAAAGGUUGAUAACCGGGUGCUAAAAAUCCGCUUCAAUGCAGAUAUCGGAUCCUCCAUGCGUUGGAACUUCAAGCCACAGCAGUAUGAGAUUAAAGUGGCACCCGGUGAGACUGCUCUCGCCUUUUACACAGCCCGGAAUCCCACGGAUAAGCCGGUUAUUGGCAUCAGCACCUACAAUGUGAUACCUUUCGAGGCGGGUGCCUAUUUUAACAAGAUCCAAUGCUUCUGCUUUGAGGAACAGCAACUGAAUCCACACGAGGAGGUUGACAUGCCCGUGUUCUUCUACAUUGACCCCGAAUUCACGGCAGAUCCGGCGCUGGAGCACUGCGAUACCAUAACUCUAUCGUACACCUUUUUUGAAGCAAAGGAGGGUCUUAAACUCAACUUCCCUAGCUACGCGAAGCCACAUGCAGCGACAGCGUAAAAAAAAAGUUGCUUGUAAUUUGGUUUUAAAACAAUAAAUUUUUGUUAUAUCUGUUAAAAAUGCAA